GAUAACUGCCACUAAUGUUGCCCAGGCUGGAGUGCAGUGACAUGAUCAUAGCUCACUGCAUCCCCAAACUCCUGGGGACAACCUCCUGGCUCAGCCUCCUGUGUAGCUAGGACUACAGGUGCACACCACCACACCCAACUACAUUUGAAGCAUUUUGGAUAUAUCAAUCGGAAAAACAAAAAACAAGUUCCUUGUCCUCAAAGAGCUUACAUUUUUACCAGGGAGAUAGUAAACAUAAUAAUAAAAAAAGUCAUUUUACCUUUAAGUUUACACCAUGGAUAGUACAAAGGAGAAGUACGACAAUCAGAAAGAUGAUCUUCUGCUUAGGAUGGGACUUAAUGAUAAUAAAGCAGGAAUGGAAGGAUUAGAUAAAGAGAAAAUUAACAAAAUUAUAAUGGAAGCCACAAAGGGGUCUAGAUUUUAUGAAAAUGAGCUUAAGAAGGAAAAGCAAGUCAACCAACGAAUUGAAAAUAUGAUGCAACAAAAAGCUCAAAUUACCAGCCAGCAGCUAAGGAAAGCACAAGUACAGGUUGACAGAUUUGUAAUGGAAUUAGAACAGAGCCGGAAUUUGAACAAUACCAUAAUACACAUUGAUAUGGAUGCUUUCUAUGCAGCUGUAGAAAUGAGGGAUAAUCCAGAAUUGAAGGACAAACCCAUUGCUGUAGGAUCAGUGAGUAUGUUGUCUACUUCAAAUUACCAUGCAAGGAGGUUUGGUGUUCGUGCAGCCAUGCCAGGAUUUAUUGCUAAGAGACUCUGCCCACAGCUUAUUAUAGUGCCACCAAACUUUGACAAAUACCGAGCUGUGAGUAAAGAGGUUAAGGAAAUACUUGCUGAUUAUGAUCCCAAUUUUAUGGCCAUGAGUCUUGAUGAAGCCUACUUGAAUAUAACGAAGCACUUACAAGAAAGACAAAAUUGGCCUGAGGACAAAAGAAGGUAUUUCAUCAAAACAAGAAACUUUGUAGAAAAUGAUAAACCAGGAGAGGAAGUUAAUCAAGUAAAUGAGCACGAACGAUCCAUCUCUCCACUACUUUUUGAAGAGAGUCCUCCUGAUUUGCAGCUACCAGGAAAUCCUUUCCAAGUGAACUUUGAAGAACAAAACAAUCCUCAAAUACUCCAAAACUGGGUUGUUUUUGGAACAUCAGCCGAGGAAGUGGUAAAGGAAAUUCGUUUUAGAAUUGAGCAAAAAACAACACUGACAGCCAGUGCAGGCAUUGCCCCUAAUACAAUGUUAGCAAAAAUAUGCAGUGAUAAGCAUAAGCCAAAUGGACAAUACCAAAUUCUCCCCAACAGACAAGCUGUAAUGGACUUCAUCAAGGACUUACCCAUUAGAAAGGUUUCCGGAAUAGGAAAAGUUACAGAGAAAAUGUUAAAGGCCCUUGGAAUUAUUACUUGUACAGAUCUCUACCAACGGAGGGCAUUACUUUCUCUCCUUUUCUCUGAAACAUCUUGGCAUUAUUUCCUUCAUAUCUCCCUGGGACUGGGUUCAACACACCUGGCAAGGGAUGGAGAGAGGAAAAGUAUGAGCGUUGAGAGGACAUUCAGUGAGAUAAGUAAAGCAGAAGAACAGUACAGCUUGUGCCAAGAACUUUGCAGUGAACUUGCUCAAGAUCUACAGAAAGAAGGACUUAAGGGUAGAACUGUUACCAUUAAGCUGAAGAAUGUGAAUUUUGAAGUAAAAACUCGUGCAUCUACAGUUUCAUCUCUUGUUUCUACUGCAGAAGAAAUAUUUGCUAUUGCUAAGGAGUUAUUAAGAAUAGAAAUUGAUGCUGAUUUUCCACAUCCCUUGAGAUUAAGACUUAUGGGUGUUCGGAUAUCUAGUUUUCCCAAUGAAGAAGACAAGAAACACCAACAAAGGAGUAUUAUUGGCUUCUUACAGGCUGGAAACCAAUCCCUGUCAGCCACUGACUGUAUACUAGAGAAAACUGACAAAGAUCAGUUUGUAAAACCUCUAGAAAUGUCUCAAAAGAAGAGUUUCUUUGACAACAAACUAUCAGAAAGGAAGUGGAGCCACAAAGACACAUUUAAAUGUGAAACUGUGAAUAAACAAAGUUUACAGACAUCACAACCAUUCCAAGUUUUAAAGACGAAGAUGAGUGAGAAUUUAGAAACAUCAGAGAAUUCAGAUAACUGUCAGAUACUUACCUGUCCUGUUUGCUUUAAGGAGCAAGGACACAUUAGUCUGGAAGCCUUUAAUAAACAUGUAGAUGCAUGUCUUGAUGGACCUUCAAUCAGUGAAAACUCUAAAACGUCCUCAUGUUCACAUACUUCCUCUACCAAUGUUAACAAGGAAGAAAAUGUACAUUAUUCUUUUUCACUUUGUGAGAAGCAAAAUUAUGAAGCCCAUCUGAAAAACAUACAAAUCACUUCAGUAGACUGUGUAGAUUUUGUGGGCACAAUAGAUAGUUCAUCUAAAGCAGAAAGUGUAGAUACUUUAAGUAAUAAGCACAGUAAGGAGGAAUGUUCUAGUCUCCCAAGCAAGUCUUUUAAUGUUGAAAACUGUCAUCAGAAUUCUUGUACUGUUUCAUUGGAAAAUGAAGAUGUUGGGUUAUUAAGCAGGCAAGAAUCCCACCAGCCUUAUUUAUAUGAAGUAAUAACAGGCCAAACUCUAGUUUGUCCUAUUUGUAACCUAGAACAAAAGACUUCAGAUCUUACCCUGUUCAAUGCACAUGUGGAUAUUUGCUUAAAUAAAGGUAUCAUCCAAGAACUGAGAAAGGAUAAAGCUAAUCCAGUUAAUCAACACAAAGAAAGCUCCAGAAGUACUGGUAGCUCAAGCAGAGUACAGACGACAGUAACAAGAACAAAAAGGCCAGGACUGAUGACAAAGCACCCAGCAUCAAAGAAAAUAAAACCAAUCAAUUCAAAAUAUACCCUUGAUAUAUUUUUUAAAUGAACAUUGAACAUUUUAUCAUU